AUGCGUCUCAUCAAUGUUAGAGACGGGUCUUUCAAAGAAUUUAUCGGCAGUCAGAUUCCCGAAUAUGCGAUAUUGUCCCAUACAUGGGAGGACGAAGAGGUCACCUACAAAGACGUGAUCGAGAACAGGCACAAGACAAUGAAGGGUUUUACCAAGAUUGAGAUGACAUGUCGGAUUGCUGCUAGCGAAGACCUCGACUGGGCUUGGGUGGACACUUGCUCCGCGGUCGUCAUUGUUUGA